CGCUUUCAAUGUUUGAUAGUUAAAACAUACAGUCGGUUUUUGGUGGAGUAUUCCUUUAACAUCUGUAACACAGAAACAGUAACAUCUGGUGGAGACACAAUCAAAUGGCAGUUUCAUUUCAAUCAACUCUCCACCCAUAACAAGUAAAUGAAACUGAAAGAUUUACAUUGUUGAACAGAGCGCGGACGUCGUUACAUUACAGAGAGAAAUCUCUACUGAAGAACACACACUCGGAGGACUGAACAGAGAAAGUUGAAGAGACUGUAAUUUGGUGAGUCUGCAACUUAAAGAAAAUCUAGAAAUCAGACGAAAUGGCUGAAAGAGCUCUUUUGGAAAGUUACCUGAGCUGCCAUGUGUGUUCAGAGACUCUCAGAGAUCCUGUGUCUCUGACCUGCAACCACAGCUUCUGUUCAAGCUGUCUACAAAAAUUCUGGGAACAAGCUAAAAACAAAAACUGUCCCAUUUGUAAAAGAAAAUCUUCAAAGGAUUAUCCAUCCAUCAACCUUUCUCUCAAAGACCUGGCUGACUCCUUUGCUAAGAGGCAGAAUAAUGAUUCACCUGAGACGGAGAAAGAAAAGGAGAAAGAGGAAGUGGUGUGUGAUAAACAUCCAGAAGUCCCUUAUUGGUUCUGUGAGGAUGAACAGAGAGCUGUGUGUCCUGUCUGUGAUUUUCUUCUCCAUCACGGUCACAAGUUGGUUUCUAUAGAACAAGCAGUCAGUGACCUGAAGGACCAGCUGAAAUCUGACUUAAAGUCUCUGCAGGACAAGAGGGACAAAUACAAACAAGUGGAGGAAACAUACAAUGAAAUGGUUGAACACUCCAAGAAGCAGCUGUUGUCCACAGAGAAGCAGAUCAGAGCAGAGUUCAACAAGCUCCACCAGUUCCUGAAAGAGGAAGAGGAGUCCAGACUGGCAGCUCUGAGGGAGGGAGAGGAGCAGAAGGGGAAAACUAUCAGCAGAGAGAUGAAGAGGAUUCAGGAGCAGAUCUCCUCUCUGUCAGACAGUAUCUCUGCUGUUGAAGAAGACCUGCAGAAACACAAGGUUUCAUUCCUUAGCAGUUAUAAACCCACUCAGACCAGAGCCAGAGACCAGUGCUCACUGUCAGAUCCACAGCUGGUCUCAGGAGCACUGAUAGAUGUGGCCAAACACCUGGGCAACCUGUCCUUCAGAGUCUGGGAGAAGAUGAAGGAGAAGGUCCACUUCAGUCCUGUCAUUCUGGACCCAAACACUGCAAACCCCUAUCUCUAUCUGUCUGAUGAUCUGACCAGUGUGAGACAGGGAGACACAAACCAGCAGCUCCCUGAUAAUCCAGAGAGAAACACUAAGUAUGCCACUGUUCUGGGCUCUGAGGGCUUCAGCUCAGGGAAACACAGCUGGGAGGUGGAGGUGGGAGACCAUCCUGACUGGCUUGUGGGUUUGGCUAAAGAGUCAGUUGAUAGGAAGGGAGAAACAAGUGCUUCACCAGAAUAUGGAAUCUGGUGUUUACUGCAUCGCAGUGGAAAAUACACUAAUGGAGCUGGUGAGACUGUCAGUGUGAAGAAGAGUCUCCAGAGGAUCAGAGUCCAGCUGGACUAUGACAAGGGGGAGGUGUCCUUCUACGACCCUGAAGACAUGACUCACAUCUGCACUCAGAGAGACACUUUCACUGAGAAACUCUUCCCUUAUUUUGGUAUUGGAAAGUCUGGUGAUGCUAAAACCACUGAUAUCAAAAUCUGUCAAACUGAGAUUUCUCUGUGAUGUUCAGGAAGGUUUGUGAGAUGUGAUUUAUUAGGAUUUGAGGGAAUAAUUAGAUCUACAGAUUUAUUUUUGUCACUAUCAGUUAGUUCUUUAUAGGUGAGAGUAAUUAAUUUGACAUUUAC